AUGGUUGGCUCACGAGUAUACGUUGGUGGUUUACCCCGUGAUACACGGGAACGUGAUUUAGAACGGUUCUUCAAAGGCUACGGAAGGUUAUGUGACAUCAUGAUUAAAAACGGCUAUGCUUUCGUGGAAUUCGAGGACCAUCGAGAUGCGGACGAUGCCGUCUAUGAAUUGGACGGUAAAGAUUUAUUGGACGAGAGAGUGUCCGUUGAGCUAGCUAGAGGAAAACCCCGUGGAGGCGACGUACGACGGGGAGGGCGCUCUGAAAACGUCCGGGGUGGAUCUCGUUACGGGCCUCUUAGAAGGUCCAAGUAUCGUGUAAUUGUGAAGAAUGUCUCAUCAAGAGUGAGCUGGCAACAUUUGAAAGCCUACCUUCGUCAAGCCGGGGAAGUCAUCUAUGCCGACACUCAUCGACCAAGGAAAAAUGAAGGAAUUGUGGAGUUCAAAUCGAGGAGAGAUAUGGAGAAGGCGAUUGAUAAAAUGGAUGACACCGAAUUAAAUGGCCGUCGUAUUCGGUUAAUAGAGAACGACGGUGACCGCAACAAUCGUGGACGUUCGAUAGACAGCCGCUCCCGAUCACGAUCCCGUCGUCGUUCUCGAUCACGAUCUGACAGUUCUUAUCGCACUCGCUCAGAAUCAAGGAGCAGAUCGGUAUCGCCGAAAAAACGACACUGUGAUCGACAGAAACGUUAUCGUGAAAGGUCUCGUUCGCGCUCCCGAUCGCUCAAUGGCGAUGCGAAGAAAUAUUGUUCUCGAUCUCGUUCGGAGUCGGAACGUCGAUCUCGCCCGCGGUCCGACUCGAAAGACAACAAAUCACGCUCUCGUUCGCGUUCCAAGGAUUCGGCCCGCUCCCGUUCACGUUCCAAAUCGGAACGUCGUUCGUACAGUCGAUCGAAAUCGAGAGACAAUAAAGGUCGUUCCCGUUCGAAGUCUUACUCACGCUCGCUCUCUCGAUCCUCUUCGCGGUCCAACUCAGGCUCUAGAACUCGAUCUGUAUCAAGAGAUGACAAGAAUUGUUCCCGUCACAGGGUACAUACAAAGUUUAGAGGAGAGGAUAUUACAUAG